UUAUAGAUUGAAAAGAAAGACUUUGUAAUAAAGUACCAAUCUGAAGAAAGUAAAAAAAUCAUAGCCAGGGUGUUAGAGGCGAAAAUUGUUGCAGAGAAACUACAUACAAGUAUUUAUGAUGACGAUCAAAAGCGCACGAGUAAACGUUUACAAGAUAUGCUUGAAGAUAUUGGAGGUUUCGGGGUGACAGUUAACGAAGGAUUGGAAUAUAAGCCAGCUGAAUACAAGUCAGUUGUUAAGAAAACAAUUGAACAGAAAAGUUUAACGAUAGAACAGGAUCAAGCAGAGUGUGAUGAAAAAAGCGACGACUAUAAAGAAUUGGAAGCCCUUAAGCAAAAUACAGAACAAACUCUUCAAGAAGUUGAAAAAGUAAUAAAUAGACCGGAGCCUGAAGAAAUGAUUGACAAAAUUGACAGUUUGAACAAAGAACUGGAAAGUAAAAAAUCAGAGGAAAUUCGGUUAAAGAAAGAGUCAGCUAAAACAAUAGAAAAUCUCCAAAAUAAAGUGAAAUCAUUGGAAAAAGAAAAGAAAGUUACUGUAAUAGAAAAUAAGGUUCAACAAUAUAAAAACGAAAAUGAAAGUCUGAAAGAAUACACAAGCCUACAUGAAGAAACUUGUGAUGACCAUCCGUUUCAACAAAAGAUUGAUACUAUAGCAGACGACGUUGCAAAUGAAAGAGGUGGAGACGUUUCACAUCAAAGUCAGACUAAAGUCCACAAAAAUAAAAAGGAUGAUGAAACUCUGGAAGAAAACACAAGCAUGCAUGAAGAAAGUUGUGAUGAACUUCAGUUUCAACGCAAGAUCGAUACUAUGACAGACGAAAUUGCGAAUGAAAAAGAUGGAAACAUUUUACAUCAGAGUCAGACUAGUAGCAAAUAUGUAGAGGAUGAUAUUCAACAAUAUAUAAACGGAUACCCUGAUCAAGAGGACGAUCCUAUGCGGAACGAAAAUUACAAUUUUUUCAUGGACGAGAUUCCUUCACGACCUAAUGGUGAUUGUAUUGAUACUAUUCAUAACGAAUGGUGGGGUGAUUAUAAAAGAUUAGAGGAAAAUAAAAAAUAUAUGCAGUGGUUGUUUCCAGUGAGAGCAAAGAGUUGUAAUAGAGAAGCACAGGAAUUAUUUCCUCAUGAAAUACAGAAAAUUUGUAAUUGUAAGGAGGCGAAAGAUAGACUUUUACUAUCGUACAAGUUGAUGCUAGACUUUUAUGGAAUCAAACUAGAAAACAAAAAAGAUGGAACAGUUGUAAGAUCAGAUAAUUGGGAAGAAAGAUUUGAAAAUCUUAACAGAUCGAAGCACAAUCAUAACAGAAUAACAAGAAUUCUGAAAUCUCUGGGUGAACUAGGAUUUGAACAUUUGAAAAAGAACUUUAUUAAGUUUAUUUUAGUUGAAAUAUUAGAGAGGAAAACCCUCGCGAACUUGCAGGAAAGUUGCUGCAAUUACUGGAUUGCAAUUUUGAAAGACCCAAGUGAGAGAGCGGAAAUGGAAGUCUUUUACCAACAGCUUACUACAAAUCAGUCUAAUUCUUUGACAUAGUGAAAAUGUUUCGUUUAGGACUUCCUUCAUUGUUCUUAUUAAAAUGUAAAUAAAAUCUAAAUAUUUGAUACUUAUUAUUUGUAUGGUCUUUAAAUUUAUUCUGAUAAACUUACCAUUGACAAUUUGUUCUAGUACCUAAACUCUUUUUAGAAAUGGUAACAAAAAUGUGAUAUCGAUUUACGUGUUAAUGCACAAUAUAAAAGUCUUAAUGGGUCCAAUUAGACCUUUACUUUGAGGGUAGUGACUUGAUUGUUAUGCUCUGCAUAUGGUGUCAUAAUGGUGAUCAAUUCUGCGAAGUUAUCUUUAAAACAUUGCAGCGGUUUAAAUGUUAUAGAGCGGACCCAAUAUGUCGACUUUUUAAAAACUUGUCCUUCAAGUGUGACCUUGAUCUAUGGGGUAGCAACCCAAUUAUUGCGCUCUGCACAAUGUCUAAUAAUGGUGAUCACUUGUGCCAAGUUAUUAAAUAAAACAUGUCAGCGGUUUAAAGUUAUGGAACGGACAAUAAAGUAUUACAGACAGACGGGCGUAGGGAUGGACGGACUGUCUGACGAAGGCCAUUCCUUUAAUCCCCUUCCCGCUUUACAGAAGAGGAUUCAAUUUGAUUAAUUUGCGUUAUUUAUUUUGAAUAGAAAGUUUGUUUUUUUACAACCCAGUUUAUCAUACGCGAAUUAAAGAUUAUCAGGUCAAUGAAGUAAUUUAUGGGUAAAGUUAUAUCUAAGUUCAGUUGUAGAAUUUUACAUUUAUUAAUUAUUUCAUUUCAUAGCAUUAGCCAUAUAUAUUACAUUGUUCUUCUUACUUUUUGUAACCCAUAUGUAUUUUUCAACACAAGUCCAAUAUGCUUAGGUGUAUGCAAUUUUUAUGUUGCACCCAACAUAAUUGCCGGUGUAAGAGUGUAUGGGAUUUAAUGAUUGUAUCAUUAUAUAAUCUACGUUUGUUAAAUAUGUUUGAGUCUAUAAUAAGAAAUAUAUGAUCUGACACCUGUUUCAGAUAUAUUAUGUCUUGAU